AAUUUUUCGUUAAAUUACUGAACUGAAAUUACCAAUGCUUAGGCGAAGUUGCACCCUCCUAGCGAAGACACCGAAGCAGCAGGUGCUCGAGUGGCUGGGCUCCAUAGACACCGUGCUCUUUGGGUCUGACGGAGUACUCUGGAAGUUUGAUGAUCCGAUUGAGGGAUCUGUGGAAGCCUUUAAUGCCAUGAGGGCCAAGGGGAAGCGCUGCUUCAUAGUUACCAACGAUGCCAGCAUGGUGUCGAGUGAUCUGGCCCAGAAGGCCAUGCGCCUCGGCUUCCAAGUGGGGGAGCAGGAAGUUCUCAGCUCAGCGGCGAGCAUAUCCCACUAUCUGGUGGCCAAAAAGUUCAGUAAAAAGGCUCUAGUCGUGGGCGAAGCGGGAAUCCAAAAGGAGCUCGGAAAGGCUGGCAUCCAAUUCGUUACCAUUGAUCAGGACGCAGGAGAUAAGCAGAUGAAGGACUUUGCCCGCCAACUCGAGGUCGAUCCCGAUGUGGGAGCUGUGGUGGUGGGCUGUGACAGCAGCUUCAAUGUGUCCAAGAUCGUCGUGGCCUGCACCUACCUGCUCAAUCCCAGGGUUCUGUUUCUGGGCACCUGCAUGGAUACCAGCUACCCGUUGUGCGACAAGCGAGUGACUGUGGGUGCUGCCGCUAUGGUGGUUCCCAUUGAAAAGAGCAGCAAUCGGAAGCCCCUCAUCAUGGGCAAGCCCAAUCCUCAAAUGGUGAAUAAGCUAAGGCUUUCCGGAUCCCUCAAUCCGGAGAAAACACUCGUCAUUGGGGAUCGGUUGAGUUCGGAUGUCAUUUUCGCCAGCAACUGCGGUUUCAAAUCACUUUUAGUGGGUUCGGGAGCGACAUCUCUCGAGGAAGCGCAGAAACUCCAAUGCGAAGGCAAUGAGAGAAAACUGAUGAUGGUUCCGGACACGUAUUUGCCCUGCUUGGGACACUUAAUGGAAUAUCUGUGUGAAGAUGAGGGUACAGCGGAAAAGAAGCGUGUCGACAAAACAGAAAAUAAGGCUUAGCUCGUAUAAACCGCGAUUAGUUUGAUUUUAAAUGUUCGCGGGUUAGUCAAACAGCUGUUUGGCCGCUGCCAUCGUUUUUCAGCACUGGCUCAAGUAAAUAAAUAUCGAUGUAUCGAUCAA